AUGUGGCGAGAGCAAUACGCCAUCGGAGGACUUCAUUGUGCUGGCACCGGCGACGCAACCAUGUCCGUUCCUCCUGAGAUCAUCAAGAAGAUUGAGGACGGCUAUCAGACACUUCAGAAUGCCAAAGAAUGCCACUCUUUGCUGAAGAAAUACCUGACUAAGGAAGUAGUUGACCAGUUGAAAGACAAGAAAACCAAGUUGGGAGCUACAUUGUGGGACGUUAUUCAGUCUGGCGUCGCCAACUUGGACUCUGGUGUCGGAGUGUAUGCCCCCGACGCUGAGGCUUACACUCUGUUCAAGCCACUUUUUGAUCCCCUGAUCCAGGACUACCACAACGGUUUCUCUCCCAGCCAGAAGCAGCCAGCUGUUGAUCUUGGAGAGGGAAAGACCGCUCAACUCGUUGACCUAGAUCCCGAAGGCAAAUUCAUCAACUCUACCCGAGUCAGAUGUGGCCGCUCACUCGAGGGAUAUCCAUUCAAUCCUUGCCUUACCGAGGCCAACUAUCUCGAGAUGGAAGGAAAGGUGAAGAAAAUCUUCGAGAACAUCUCUGACCCAGAGCUACAGGGAACCUACUAUCCUCUUGAUGGUAUGACCAAGGAAGUCCAGAACCAACUCAUCAAGGAUCACUUCCUCUUCAAGGAGGGUGACAGAUUCCUCCAGGCCGCCAACGCUUGCCGAUACUGGCCCAAGGGACGUGGAAUUUUCCACAACAAGAACAAGACCUUCCUUGUCUGGGCCAAUGAAGAGGACCACCUUCGUAUCAUCUCCAUGCAAAACGGUGGAAACGUUGGACAAGUAUUGGAGCGCUUGAUUAAGGGAGUGAAGAUCAUCCAGGCUCAGGCUCCAUUCUCACGUGACGAUCGUCUUGGUUGGCUCACAUUCUGCCCAUCUAAUCUAGGUACCACUGUUCGCGCCUCCGUACACAUUCGCUUGCCGAAGAUCUCUGCUAAGCCCGAUUUCAAGAAGAUCUGUGAUGACCUUAAGCUCCAGAUCCGCGGUAUUCAUGGAGAGCAUUCCGAUUCGGAGGGUGGCGUUUAUGACAUAUCGAACAAAGCUCGCCUUGGUCUGACGGAAUUCGAAGCCGUCAAACAGAUGUACGACGGAGUGAAACACCUCAUUGAACUGGAGAAGAAGGCUUAA